AUGCAGAUAACAUUGCGUUUUACUGAAUAUAACAAACAGCAGUCUGCAACAGACAACACAUAUGAACAGCUAGACGAAUUUGAAUACAAUGUAAACCUUGGGAUAAAAUGUGUCUCAGUGUCACUUAACGCAUUAUAUAUACCUUAUGGCAGUAAGGAUAGAUGGGCAUUUGAGCUGCAAAGGUCAUGGGAUUACGGCACACUGAAUUAUGUAAGAGCUAAAUGUUACUGGCGUGAAGAUGAGGGGGCAACUGCAUCCAGGGUUCAUGAUAGUAGGAUAGAACUUUCUCCACAGCAGAAAGUUUCUCAAUUUUUUAGUUCCCCUAUUCCCGAAGGUCACGGCUGUGUGCAUCCGACAGCACAGCUGGGCCUCUUAGAUAUGGACCCGCCAGAGAAAAUAACGACCCCUGAGACACCCCCUCCAAAACAUGGUAGGGGAGAGGCGCAACUCGGUGCAGGAAGCGCACAUGCACGAAUCCGUGCCCCUCCUGACGUCGGGAAUCAGAAGAUGCUUUCUGGAGCCUCAGAGGAGUCAUCGCCGGAAGAGGAGUCUAGCAGUGUGCAUGCUCAAAGGCUGGGCGUCGACCUGCCCCUAGACCCGGAGGAAGAAGAAUUAACUUUUCAAGCAGCUAGAAUCUUCAAGAUAGAAAACUUGGAGCCUUUGAAGAAGCUGAGAAAACUGGCAUUAAUUGCCAAUGACGUGUCAGUAAUAGAGGGCCUCGAGGCCCAGGGCCCCACGCUGGAGCAGCUUGAGCUCUAUCAGAACAGCAUCACGCGCAUCGACAAUGUCCAACACCUGACAAAUCUUAUAGUGCUGGACUUAUCGUUUAAUCGGAUUCAGCGCAUUGAAAACCUUGAGCCCCUUGUACACCUGAGGGAGCUGUUCCUUUCCAGCAACAAAAUCACCAAGAUUGAGGGCAUCGCCACGCUGACGGAGCUACGAAUGCUGGAGCUGGGAUCCAAUAGAAUUCGGACUGUUGAGGGCAUCGAGAAUCUCAGCAAGCUCAAAGACCUUUGGCUUGGUAAAAACAAAAUAACCAAGAUGGAGCUGCCGAAUUUGCCUAACUUGGAGCGGGUAAGUCUCCAGUCGAACCGGCUAGAGGCCUGGGACGUAGUGCUCUUUGAGCGAUGUCCGAAGCUGCGCGAACUGUACCUUUCAAACAACAAUCUGCCUUCCCCCCCCACAGAGAUUCGUCGGCUAGAGGAUUUGACUAUCCUUGAUUUGGGUUGUAACAGAGUUGAAGAGGUGGAAGCAGUGGCGCCGCUUAAUCAGUUACAGGACCUAUGGCUAAACGACAACAAGCUACAGAGCUUGGACCACUGCCGCUGCCUUCAGCGGCUGCCUGCCCUGGAUACACUGUACCUCGAACGCAACCCGCUUCAGGGAAACCUGGGUCCAGGCUACAGGCAGGCAGUGGUCGAUCUGCUGCCUCGCCUGUCUCAGCUGGAUGCACUGCUGCUUCACACCUCCAUCAAUAUUGUGCACCACCCGCAGAAAGAUGAGUCGCCUGUCAAGCCGAUUAUGAAGCACUAG